AUGCAGGCGGGGGGUCAGACACCAGUGUUCAUUAUGAACACGGCUCCGGAGAGGCAGUCCGGACGAAAAGCUCAGAUCUCCAAUAUUACGGCCGCUAAGACAGUAGCAGAUGUUAUAAGAACAUGCCUUGGGCCAAAGGCAAUGUUGAAGAUGAUUUUGGACCCGAUGGGUGGCAUUCUGUUGACGAACGAUGGUAAUGCCAUCCUGCGAGAAAUUGACGUUGCACAUCCUGCAGCCAAAAAUAUGAUCGAGUUGAGCAGGACGCAGGAUGAGGAAUGCGGUGACGGGACGACAAGUGUAAUUAUUCUCGCGGGGGAGAUUCUCGCCCAAUCCCUUGCUCAGCUCGAACGCGAUAUACAUCCUGUCGUGAUCAUUUCCGCAUAUAACAAGGCCCUUAAAGAGGCAUUGGAAAUCAUCAAACGUAUAUCUGUCCCCAUCAACACCAACGAUGACGCACAAAUGCUUUCCCUGAUCAAGACCUCAAUAGGAACGAAUCUCGCGUUACAAGCUGUCCGUACCGUUGCGCAAGAGGAGGGUUCACUGAAGACGGUGGAUAUCAAACGAUACGCACGUGUAGAGAAGGUUCCCGGCGGGGAGAUCGAACAGAGCAAGGUGCUCAGUGGAAUUAUGUUGAACAAGGACAUCACACAUCCAAAGAUGCGUCGAAGAAUCGCCAACCCACGAAUCAUUCUCCUCGAUUGUCCUCUUGAAUACAAGAAGGGAGAGUCGCAGACGAAUAUCGAGAUCUCCAAGGAGGCGGACUGGUCGAGGAUACAGGAAAUCGAGGAAGAGCAGGUCAAGGCCAUGGUAGACCGCAUACUUGAGUUCAAGCCCGACCUCGUGAUCACGGAGAAAGGUGUCUCUGAUUACGCGCAGCAUUUCCUCUGUAAGGCAAAUGUGUCAGCCAUCCGUCGUGUGCGCAAGUCGGACAACAACCGUAUCGCACGUGCAGUAGGAGCAACUAUCGUUAACCGGGUAGAAGACCUUCGAGAAUCUGAUGUGGGAACCAAGUGCGGCCUAUUCAAUAUAGACAAGAUGGGCGACGAAUACUUCACAUUCCUCACUGAAUGCACGACCCCAAAAGCAUGCACAAUCCUCCUCCGUGGUCCAUCCAAGGACAUCCUAAAUGAAAUCGAUCGCAACCUGGCAGAUGCCAUGGCAGUGGCACGCAACGUCGUCUUCAACCCAAUACUGGCGCCGGGAGGUGGGGCAACAGAGAUGGCAAUCAGCGUGGGCCUUCAUGCUAAGGCACGUAGUAUCACGGGCGUUGAGGGCUGGCCAUUCCGAGCAGUUGCCGAUGCAAUGGAAGUCAUUCCCCGCACGCUAGUACAGAACAGUGGAGGCAAUGCAAUCCGGGUCUUGACUGAAUUGCGGGCCAAGCAUGCCAGUGGUGAAAGUUCGUGGGGGAUAGAUGGAGAGACUGGCAAGAUCGUCGACAUGAAGUCAUAUGGGCUCUAUGAAUCUGCCAGUGUCAAGAUCCAAACUCUCAAAACAGCCGUCGAGGCUGCACGAGUCCUUCUGCGCGUUGACGAUGUCGUGCAGGCAACACGCAAGGACAGAGACCGAGAAGGGGGAGGUCCCCCACCGGAGGAGAUGAUGGAGGGCUGA